AUGCUCGGCUUCGAUCACCCGGAAACUCUCCAGUUCGAGAUGCAGCUGACAUGGGUCGAAGACACCUGGACGGUGGACCAGCUGCAUGACCACCUUAUGUCGGAAGUCCGGCGGCUGGACGCCGAAUACAGGCGUAAGCCGCUGCGUGGAAACUACUCGCAAAAAUACCUUUGGUUUGACAGGUUUGUGCUGCGGCCCCGCGUGCAGGGCCGUGAGCUGACGCUACAGGAUUAUGGCAUCGAGCCGGGCUAUCGAGUCAAGGUCAGCCCGUUCUACCAGUCAGAGCAGAUGUGGGGCCAACCAUUUCCCUUUGACCACAGCAAGGAGCGACCUCUGGAUCAGAUGACCCCGUGUGAGGAUCCUAAGCUCCUGGUCCGUCUCGACAAGGGCGGCGGUGACUUCUUGACCCGCAUCUUUUUCUUCCCGUGGCUGGGAGGAAAUUCUUCGGCGUACAUUCCGGUUGUGCAGAAGAUGCCCAAGGACAUCUGCUGCUACGCACUGGAGAUGCCUGGGCGAGGCGAGAGGGAGGCCGACGAAGGCUAUCCGACUGGAACCUUUGCCAUCAAAGUCAUGGCCAUGUCACUGGCCAAGGAGAUGAAGCGAAGAGGAUCGAACUACGUCUUCGCUCACUCGCAGGGCUCACACUUUGCGUACUACGUGGUGAAGCGUCUCAGAUAUGAGCACAACGUAGAGAUCAAGGGGCUCUUCGUGAGCAAUUUCGGCGUGCCCAGCGCAAUGCCGUCGCUGGACCUCAGCACUUUGCAGAAGAGGCAGCAGGUCUGUGUUCCUCUGCGAAUCUUCACCAACCUGGUGAAGGGAGGCUGGGGCUGUGACCCGAAGCUUGCCUACAAGAGCCACAUGGGCUAUCAGGCCUACCAGAGCCAAGAGCUUUGGCCUGUGGCGCGAUCCUUGCUCAUCGACCACUGGAUCACCAAGGACUUUCCAUUACCAGAAGCCGACCAUCCUCUCUUUUGCCCAGUAGGCUGCCGUUUGUCAUUGGUCGGUUGCAAUGUAAUGGCACACAUUCAGCGAGCUGGCAACACGGAUAGCAACAAGAGUAAUUAA